AGUAACACGAACGACUUCUGUAAACAGGCUGAUCAGUGGAGCUCGAAAUACGUUAAUUUGAGUGCUACUGGAAAGGGAGGACUAAUGGAUCGACGAGUACGAAGCAUCACAGGAACAGAAGGAAUGCUCGAAGCAAAGGCAGUCAGAUACUACAUUUUUAUUUGUUUGACCAGAUAAAUAUGUACAUGGUGCAUUUAUCUGAGUACAAGGACAAUCAGAGCGCUUUUGAGACACACAAGUACAUGAAAGCCAGUUGCAAAACCAUUCUAUUCCAUAUCUGGUACAAUAAGGGUGCAUCUCUAAGUGGAUUAUUUUCCUUUUCGAUGUCCAUCUGCAUUUUGCGGUGAUUAAAGAGCUAAACUGGACCUAUGUGAUGUUUUCAGAUCUAUGAGGAAAGGAGUCAAUAAGAGGAAGCCUCUUUAGACUAUUGUAUGAAGAAAAAAAAAUUAUGCACUCACUAACUGUAAGUCGCUCUGGAUAAGAGCGUCUGCUAAAUGACUAAAAUGUAAAUGUAUUGAAAUGCACCCCGUGUGCAGGAAAAUCCACCACUCUCCAUUCACAUUUAGGGCUGGUUUUCCUAACACAGAUUGAUCCCAGUCCUGGACUAAAAAGCGCUUUCAAUGGAUAAUCUCAAUUUGUAAAGUUUUUUUUAGUCCAAGACUAGGCUUAAUCUGUGUCUGGGAAACCGAAUGUCUAAUCCUAUCUAUAAUCUAAAGUAGCGAGCAAGCAUACUCUAUCACUCUUUUGAGUCCCCCAGGCCUGUUGGUUCCUGUAACAUUCCAAUAUUGGACCUAUUGAAAACACCUUACAGUAGUAGCACUUAUGUAUUCAUUAAUUUACUUGAAAGCAUAAAGGCCUUUGUCCUUAGACCAUGUUGUCAGAUUUAUGGGAUGUAGCUCAGUUGGUAGAGCAUGGCGUUUGCAACGCCAGGGUUGUGGGUUCGAUUCCCACGGGGGGCCAGUAUGAAAAAAAUGUAUGCACUCACUAACUGUAAAUCGCUCUGGAUAAGAUAAAUGACUAAAAUGUAAUUUACUAGACAGCAUUAAAGUGCUCAGCUGUCAAGGAGUAGAUUCCCAAAGAUGCUAAGAGGAAAGCAGCAUAGCAACUCUACUUGUUUAUUCUGCAUUACAUUACAUUUGUAAUUUGGAGUGGUUAAAAGCAGCAUUGAUGUCCACGGCAAUUAGCUAAUCUGACAUCCAAAUCCCUGGGGGUUGUGGUUUGUGGUGAGGCUUAGUUUGCAUCUCAAAUGGUGCCCUAUUCCUUAUGUAAUGCACUACUUUUGACAAGAGCCCUGUUCAAAAGGAGUGCACUACAUAGAGAAUAGGGUGUCAUUUGGGACGCAGACUUAAUCUUGAAUAGCGUAAUGGGAUUACAGGGGUUGUCUACUACCACUGUGUGUUGACAACUGGUAGGUUAAGUCAUUGAACUGUAACCUACAGACAGACUUCUCCUCAGCGACCGCACUACUAUGUUGGAUUUGGAAGCCACAAAGAAGCAGACACCUGUCUGCGUAGAGGUGUGUGGCAUUUGACAAUGGACUAUUGAAUAAGAGAGCGAGGGGGGAGAGAGAUCUUGUAGCUUGAUAGAAACGGGGGACCGUGGCGAUCGUGCCAUGGAAGGGUCAUACAGCGCAAAGAAAGUGAGUCUGUUUAUUAUUGUAUGAACUCCUGUCUGAAUUAGCGGCUCAACUAUCACGUCUGGUUGUCUGUUUGGCCACCUGUCACAGGUGGUGGUGACCAUAGAAAUAUAAUUAUGUUAUAUUUCUAUGGUGGUUAACAGGUGAUUCUGCUCAACACAGAAAAGUAUCUGAUCUGUGAUGAUGAUAAUGACCUUUAAAGAUGGGAUUCAAUUUUCAUUAUGCAUUAGUCCAAUGGAUGGACGGCAUUGCUUUCUGGAUUUGAGAUGUUUUAUGGGGUUAUAUUGAAGGCAGAGCAAACAACUUUACUGUGCCUAUAUUUAAUCAGUAAUAGACCAUUACAGACAGUGUGUGGAAUGAUCUAGAACAUUACAGACAUGUGUAUAUGUAUAUUUUUUUCAGUAGUCUGGAUGUGUACUUUGAUGUGUUUUGGCCAAGAAUGAGUGAUAAUCACUGAAGUUUACCAUGUUUCAUUUUCAAUUAGGUGAAUUAUACAAGUUGUUCAGUGCAAGUUUACUUUGGAUGAAUUUAUGGUAUAUCAAUUCUGGGUUGUCUGUCCUACCAUCUUAACCAAGCAUUGCCAUUUGAAUGAAUUGAAACAGCCUACAGUGCAUGAUCAAACAUGUAUUAUUCAAUUUGAUCGGUGGUUUUGCUUCAGAUCCGACCAAUGAUGUUACGACUAAUGGCCACAAGGUGGCCAUGUGGGUUGUAAAAGAUGGGUCAUCUGAAUCUAACAAGAAGGGAAAACUUCUUAUUGAACUGGUUUGACCAUAAACUGAUGAUAUAGUGAAACAAAUUAAAUCUAAGAGGUUGUCCCCUCAAGAAAUGAAUACAUAGUUGUUGUGAUUUAGCACAAUGAUUUGAAAUGGAAUGAUAUGUGUUGGAGUUUGGUGUAGCGGUCUAAGCACCAGACUCCGGACCACAUAUGCCCCCUCGGCGACGGUGCCUGAAUGGUUUGGGAGAGAACAAACCAGUAGACCAGAUUGGACUGGUCUGGCUGGCGACUGGCGCUCACGCAGUCCUUAACUUUGGAUCUGUCCCAGUCUCCGUCCCUGGCUUUGUCCUGGCCUAAAAGCGAGUCACCUUGUUCCCUGUCUGUCCUUCUUUAUCCUCCAUUUCCAGAUCAACACCCUGCUGGGACCUGGCUCCACGAAGGAGGGAGGGGGAACGAGAGAGAGGGCACCAGGACAGCACAGCUUAUACACCCAGUGCCAUAGAUAGCAGAUAGUUCUUGGCACCAUACAGUCUUUAAUAUAGAGUGACAAGUCUUGUAUGGCACAUUUCCAUACAGGAUUUACCCCAGUGUUUCCGGCACCUGUGUCUCACUGGGCCAUAGUUCCGGUGGACCUGCUGUCCCUUGGGGCCAAAGCCAGGCCACUGGUACUUUUCAGCUGGAAUUUACAUAACAAUGGUUAACUGUGAGCUUUAACACCUCACAAAUCAACUGUUUUGAUUAUGCAGAGGUUGAUUCUUCUCUUCACAAGUCCUCACUGUCAGCCCUAGCUAUGGAAACACAAUUUUCCUAGUAUAACAUAAGGGUGUAUACGCUAUUGUAACAGAUGUUACAGUUGAAAAGCAGCAAUAGACAGACAUGCAGGCACAACUUGGCACAGCACAGAGCAUGCUGGGAAGUUGAUGGCUGCAGAACCAAUGGCAGUCACUUCCCACAGCCUCCAUGUCUCCAACACAUUGUGUGCAGCGCCAUCAGUCCAGCACGCAAGACAAUCUAGACCAGUAGUAGACCUGCAGUGAAAGACAUUACUUGUGGCCUUGAGCAAGAUUAUAGUUUUUGACUUUGUCUGUCUGAGUGAAAGGCCAGUCACAGAAAAGUCUCAACAACUGCAUUCUGCCAUCUGUCCGCUGGUUAAUAUGAUACUAUACAUGAGGCCUACUUCCAAACGAGAGUUGAUUUCAACUACUGGGUGUGGCUGGCAGAGGCAUCUGCUCUGCUGUGUGUGGACUAGUAGGGACAGUCUGUUAUGAUGAGUUGAUUCUCUCUCACCAACUGUGGUAGCCAUUUCUGUACUGCCAAUCAUAACACUUUACAAUACAUUCACCUUUAUAAAGGGCUUAUGAAAGUUUUAUAAUAAGGCUAUUACAUGGUUUAAAAUGGUUCAAAAGGUUUUCAGUUCUAAUAGUUUGGUGUUUCUUUUCACUGGCCUCCAAGGUAUAAUGAGAAGGACGAAACAUGCAUUUGUUAUGUACUACGAUCUCUCAUAUUUGUUGAUUUUUGUCAUCAAAUAGUUAACAUGGCAUUAUUAUCAUGAUGACAUUAAAGCUCCUGUGGUGAUGAUGAGCUUGAGAAUGGACUGGGGCAACCUUGAGUGUAGAGCCAAACAUUAGACAAGACCUGACGCUCUGAAAGGGUGAUAAGCCGCGUUACAUAAUUCAGUCAUCAGCCAUCAGCUCCCUCUGUGUGACAGCACUAUGAGUAAAUACAGACGGCAUGCAUUAGCAACGCAGCAGGCAACCUAGCCAGGGAUGGCACUUCCUCUUUUAGCACUUAUGCAAUUACACAACCUAGAUCCCACAGGGCAAAUCAACAAGCAGCUUGAUUAACACAGGGAUGACUUGAUUACAUAGCAUAUUGUUGGAUUAAAAGGUGUUCUGUGAUGGAUAAUGUUUGCACUAUAGGAAAAGAAUACACACACACACACACACAUCCACUGUUUCUUAGCAUAUUCUGGAGAUGGUGAUCAAAUAGUAUGUUGAGCAAAAGUUGAAAGAGACUCCAUAUACUGCACCUAUGUGGUUCAUUGACAGUGUUUCAACCAUGAGGUCUUCAUCAGUUCCUUGGUACCAUCUGGUGUGGAUGUAUGGUUCCCUACUGCAUCAUAUUAAAAGACCCCAUGCAGUGCAAUGUUUGUUAUACUCUGCUUGAGUUAAUGAAUGAUUUCCUCUCUUUUCUCUCUCAACUUUCAGGUGCUUCCUCAGCGGCCAGGAUUUCGACACCACCGAAAAGGUAUGUCUAUAGUAAAACCUAAUACUGAUUCAAUUCAUGAAUUAUGUGAUCUAGAUUUGAUGGUACAAGUUGAAUUUUCUGACGGCAACAGAGCUGGCAAGAGCACAACAGAUCUGGAAUCAGGCUAGACUUGAGCCAAAUCAUCAGAAAAAUUAUGAACCCUUUCCUCUGCUGUAGAGAACUAUGUGUGCCGUGAGCCCCUGUCCCGGCAGGCUAUAGAGUGUAGUGAGGUCCAGGAGGGGACUCAGACCCAGUCCCAGCAGCCGCCCAGGGUGAAACUGAACGGCUCCACUGUGGAGACACCCAGCCACCACGACCUGCACCGUGAACUACUGCUCAGCACCAAACGGUUGGUUAAUAACAUAUAAUAUUUAACAGACACUUUUAUUCAACGCGACAGUCAUGCGUGCAUACAUUUUACGAAUGGGGUGGUCACGGGAAUCAAGCCUGCUACCCUGGCAUUACAAGCGCCAUGCUCUACCAACUGAGCUACAAAGGACCACGUUGAAAUAAAGACUCUCAUAUACUUACAAUAUACACAGAAAUAGACUAAAGGUUAUAUUAUACAGUGCAUUUAGAAAAUAUUCAGAUCCCUUCCCUUUUUUCACAUUUUGUUACAUUACAGCCAUAUUCUAAAAUGGAUUACAUUGUUUUUUCCCCUCAUCAAUCUACAUACAAUACCCCAUAAUGACAAAGCAAAAACAGGUUUUUAGAAAUGUUUGCUAAUUUAUUAAUAAAAUAAACCUUAUUUACAUAAGUAUUCAGACCCUUCACUAUGAGACUCAGGUGCAUCCUGUUUCCAUUGAUCAUCCUUGAGAUGUUUCUACAACUUGAUUGGAGUCCACCUGUGGUAAAUUCAAUUGACUGGACAUGAUUUGGAAAGGCACACACUUGUCUAUAUAAGGACCCACAGUUGACAGUGCAUGUUAGAGCCAAAACCAAGCCAUGUGGUCGAUGGAAUUGUCCGUAGAGCUCCAAGAUAUGAUUGUGUCGAGGCACAGAUCUGGGGAAGGGUACCAAAAACAUUUCUGCAGCAUUGAAGGUCCCCAAGAACACAGCGGCCUCCAUCAUUCUUAAAUGGAAGAAGUUUGGAACCACCAAUACUCUUCCUAGAGCUGGCCGCCCGGCCAAACAGAGCAAUCGGGGGAGAAGGGCCUUGGUCAGGGAGGUGACCAAGAACCCGAUGGUCACUCUGACAGAGCUCUAGAGUUCCUCUGUGGAGAUGGGAGAACCUUCCAGAAGGACAACCAUCUCUGCAGCACUCCACCAAUCAGGCCUUUAUGGUAGAGUGGCCAGACGGAAGCCACUCCUCAGUAAAAGGCACAUGACAGCCUGCUUGGAGUUUGCCAAAAGGCACCUAAAGGACUCUCAGACCAUGAAAAACAAGAUUAUCUGGUGUGAUGAAACCGAAAUUGAACUCUUUGGCCUGAAUGCCAAGCGUGACGUCUGGAGGAAACCUGGCACCAUCCCUACGGUGAAGCAUGGUGGUGGCAGCAUCAUGCUGUGAGGAUGUUUUUCAGCGGCAGAGACUGGGAGACUAGUCAGGAUUGAGGGAAAGAUGAACAGAGAAAAGUACAGAGAGAUCCUUGAUGAAAACCUGCUCCAGAGCGCUCAGGAUCUCAGACUGGGGCGAAGGUUUACUUUCCAACAGGGCAACAACCCUAAGCACACAGCCAAGAAAACGCAGGAGUGGCUUCGGGACAAGUCUCUGAAUGUCCUUGAGCCAGAGCCCGGACUUUAACCCGAUCAAACAUCUCUGGAGAGACCUGAAAAUAGCUGUGCAGCGACGCUCCUCAUCCAGCCUGACAGAGCUUGAAUCUGCAGAGAAGAAUGGGAUAAACUCCCCAAAUACAGGUGUGCCAAGCUUGUAGCGUCAUACCCAAGAAAACUCAAGGCUGUAAUCACUGCCAAAGGUGCUUCAACAAAGUACUGAGUAAAGGGUCUGAAUACUUAUGUAAAUAUGAUAUUUCAUUUUGUUAUUUCUAAUACAUUUGCAAAAAUGUCUCAACCUGUUUUUGCUUUGUCAUUAUGGGGUAUUGUGUGUAGAUUGAUAAGGAAAAAUGUAAUCCAUUACUUUCCGAAUGCACUAUAGACAGGUCCGUGCCUUUCCAAAUCAUGUCCAAUCAAUUGAAUUGACCACAAGUGGACUCCAAUCAAGUUGUAGAAAUAUCUCAAGGUUGAUCAAUGGAAACAGGAUGCACCUGAGGCCAAUUUCGCGUCUCAUAGCAAAGGGUCUGAAUACUUAUGCAAAUAAGAUUUUUUUAUUUUUUGUAAAUAAGGUAUUUCUGUUUUUUAUUUGGAAUAAAUUUGCACCAAAAAAUUAAAAAAAAACAGUUUUUGCUUUGUCAUUAUGGGGUGUUGUGUGUAGAUUGAGGAAUUUAUUUUAUCCAUUUUAGAAUAAGGCUGAAACUUAACAAAAUGUGGAAAAAGUCAAGGGGUCUGAAUACUUUCCAAAUGUCUCCAAAGUUUUAAGAAAGAUCACAUCUGCCAACGCAUAAACAAAAUUAAUGGUUUAGAAACACUACAUGGCCAAAUGAGUGGAUUUGGCUAUUUCAGCCACACCCGUUGCUGACAGUAGUAUAAAAUCGAGCACACUGCCAUGCAAUCUCCAUAGACAAACAUUGGCAGUAGAAUGGCCCGUACUGAAGAGCUCAGUGACUUUCAACGUGGCACUGUCAGAGGAUGCCACCUUUCCAACUGUAAGUGCUGUUAUUGUGAAGUGGAAACAUCUAGGAGCAACAACGGCUCAGCUGCAACGUGGUAGGCCACACAAGCUCACAGAACGGGACCGCCGAGUGCCUAAGUGCGUAGCACGUAAAAAUAGUCUCUCCUCAGUUGCAACACUCACUACCGAGUUCCAAACUGCCUCUAGAAGCAACGUCAGCACAAGAACUGUUCGUCUGGAGCUUCAUGAAAUGGGUUUCCAUGGCCGAGCAGCCGCACACAAGACUAAGGUCACCAUGCGCAAUGCCAAGCAUCAGCUGGAGUGGUGUAAAGCUCGCCGCCAUUGGAAUCUGGAGCAGUGGAAACGCGUUCUCUGGAUUGAUGAAUCACGCUUCAACAUCUGGUAGUCCGACGGACAAAUCUGGGUUUGGCGGAUGCCAGGAGAAAACUACCUGCCCCAAUGCGUAGUGCCAACUGUAAAGUUUGGUGGAGGAGGAAUAAUGGUCUGCGGUUGUUUUUCAUGGUUUGGACUAGGCCCCUUAGUUCGUGGCAAAGUUGGAAGCACAGAAUUGUCUAGAAUGUAAUUGUAUGCUGAAGCGUUAAGAUUUCCCUUCACUUGAACUAAGGGGCCUUGUGGCAACAGUUUGGGGAAUGCCCUUUCCUGUUUCAGCAUGAAAAUGCCCCUGUGCACAAAGCGAGGUCCAUACAGAAAUGGUUUGUUGAGAUCGGUGUGGAAGAACUUGACUGGCCUGCACAGAGUCCUGACCUCAACCCCAUCGAACUCCUUUGGGAUUAAUUCUAACGCGGACUGCAAGCCAGGCCUAAUCGUCCAACAUCAGUGCCUGACGUCACUAAUGCUCUUGAAGCUGAAUGGAAGCAAGUCCCCGCAGCAAUGUUCCAACAUCUAGUGGAAAGCCUUCCUAGAGGAGUGGAGGCUGUUAGAGCAGCAAAGGGGGGACCAACUCCAUUUUAAUGCCCAUGAUUUUUGGAAUUAGAUAUUCGACGAGCAGGUGUCCACCUACUUUUGGCCAUAUAGUGUAAUUGUGUGUGUGGGAUAAACAGUAUUGGUAACUAAAUAGGAUAGGAUAAAGUAAUCCUUCUACCCCCCCCCCCCCCCCCCCCCAAAAAAAAAAAAGUAUAAUUGUAAAGUGGUUAUCCCACUGGCUAUAGGGUGAAUGCACCAAUUUGUAGUCGCUCUGGAUAAGAGCGUCUGCUAAAUGACGUAAAUGUGCCCUUGAGCAAGGCACUUAACCCUAAUUGCUCCUGUAAGUCGCUCUGGAUAAGAGCGUCUGCUAAAUGACUAAAAUGUAAAUGUGAAAAUGUAAAUGAUGGUGCUUUUAUUCCCAGUUGUAGUGUGUGUGUGUGUGUGUGUGCAUUCAUUUGAAGUUAUAUUUAUGUCUCUGUCUGCCUCAUGGCAGGGCACAUACAUACUGUAAUGACAUUACAGUGACAUUCCAGUUAACGUGAUAUACACUGAGGCCUGAGGACAGUGUAUGUCAUACCCUGUUCACACAACCAUGCCAAAUCGAACCGUACUCUUCUGGCUCGGAUAUUUUAUUUUCACAUUGUAGCCAGACAUGCAGGUACAGCUUGGCACAGCACAGAGCAAGCUGUGCCUGCAUGGCCUAGCAACUAUGGUGGAUGCAAACCAGGCCGGCACAGUACAGCUCAGCUUUGCUUGGCUCAGUAGUGUGAAUAGGUCUGAAUAUGUAGUAUGUUGUGCCCCUUUAGAGGCCUGUUACCGGGAGAGAAGCCUGAGCUGAAGCGAGUCCUGGAACAAAGGAGGCUGGAGCAGCAUAGAGAGCAGGAACUGGCUCUACGGCCUCCUUUAGAACUGGAGACUGAGCUACGCAAGAGACAGCAGAUACUGCUGGAGGUAACACACACACACACACACACUAUGUAAUUAAACAGUAAUAACAGUAAGGGGAUAAACAAAUUGUGUAUUUACAAAAAUAGGCUAUGACCAUGUUUGAGAAAAAAAAAAAAAUUGGGAUGCCGUGUGACUCAGUUGGUAGAGCAUGGCGCUUGCAACGCCAGGGUUGUGGGUUCGAUUCUCACGGGGGACCAGUAUGAAAAUGUAUGCACUCACUACUGUAAGUCGCACUGGAUAAGAGCGUCUGCUAAAUUAACGAAAUAUACAUGUAAAAUGAAGUGUCUGAAAUGAAUCUACUGUUGUGUUUCAGUAUGAGCAGGAGGAGAUCAGGCGUCGGGAGGAGAAGGAGGAAGGAGUCCCUGAGUUUGUUCGUGUGAAGGACAACCUGAGGCGCACAAAGGUGUCUGGGCAAUGAAGGCCACAUGAUGCUCGGUCCCCUCCCAUCACCCCUCGCAGCCUCCCACUACAAAGGCCCUGGCUGCGGCCCGUUUCUUCACCCAAGAGUCCAAAGAGUGCACUUCCACGCCUCCCUCAACACAAUGGUUCUGCCAUUACAAUGAGACCACCCUCCUGUUUCGCCCUCCACCAGCCUCCACUGCGCCCCAUAACCUACAGCUAUAUGAUGAUGGUCAACUUCACUGCAGCAAGUUACUGAAAAGACUACUACUGGGACUGAUAUGCAUCUCUUGCUGGACUGUUUAUACUUUGUGAAAAAGCUAAUAAAGAAGAAGAAAAUUUAGAAAAUGUGUGAUAAAUAUAAAGCAAUGUAGGAACUGGUCAAUAGGUUUCAUUAAGAGAAUGUGAGGGAAAGUGCAUAGGUCUACUGUAAAUUAUGUGUACAGGACAAAUAUUUUGUUCUUUAUGAAUAGAUUAAUAGUUUUUCUAAGUAUAUUUUUUAUAAUUUACUAGAUAACGUUUUUGUUUUGAAGUCUGAAUUCAAGUCAAGCACUUGGUUUACAGCAGCAUAGCUGUAGCUCAGUUGGUAGAGCAUGGCGCUUGCAACGCCAGGGUUGUGGGUUCGAUUCCCACGGGGGGCCAGUAUGAAAAAUGUAUGCACUCACUAACUGUAAAUCGCUCUGGAUGAGAGCGUCUGCUAAAUGACUAAAAUCAACAAAUCAAGUCAAGCACUUGGUUUACAGCAGCAUAGUGUAAGUGUGUUAAUUUUGGGGUUUGUUUAUUUAUUUCAAAUAUCAUAAAUUAAGUAUAGGUUACUCCACUAUUGGACACAUGACAGUGACUGGAACUCUGGAUUUUGUCAUUAAAGCAUCAGUUGUCACUCAUAGCUAAACCCCCAAUGACAGAUGUUAUGUGUAUUAGUCCUAUUCGUUUAAUUUAAUUGUUUGCCUGUUCUUGUUGCUCCUUUUCUUUUUAAGCAAUGUGUUUACCAAGAAGAUAAUAAAGAUUUCCAGGAUUACAAAGGUUCCCUUUCAAUAACCCUUGUGUUCUAGAAUCUACAGGGACAACAACUUUGAGAAUCGAUACUUGGGCAGCUCUCCUUCCCACAACUGUUCCCUCUCACUGCGGUCAUUCACAUGGAUAUGGGACUUCAUUGGCUGAUCUUUUCAUUCCAUCACGGGAUGAACGAAAAAAACUGGCCAUCUGGAAGGAUGAGGGGUGGGGGGGAGGGGAAGCUGUAGCGACAUGCUCUCCCUCUACCCUCCCCGCCCCGGCAGUAAAGGGAUGCCCGCGGGUCUGGGGGUGGGGGUAACAUGGGUUGCUUAUUUAAUUUAAAUAUAUUCUACAAUCCAUCAACCUCCUUGGGUGACUAAGUAAAUGCUUAUAUUACUCAUUCAUCUGAGAAAACUAUAGUCAAAAUACAGCAUUGUAAAAGUUAGAUUUUGGAUGCAUGUCACGCAUUCAAGCCAGUGGGCUGUAAGGCUAAUGCUAUUAUUCAAGAUACAGGCUCCAUCACACUCCUACCAGCCAGCUGUCCGCCGGCACUCGCCUCUGCCUCUCCCCCAAACUUUUCUUUCCUCCAGCUAUUCUUCUCUAUUAUAAUGUCCCCCCUUCGGGUGUCGUGUGCUGUGUCAAUGGGGUGUGCUGUGUCAAUGGGGCAGAGCGUGUCCUGAGAAAAAAAUGCUCUCGAUUGAAAAUGUUUCUAAGGGGAAUUAUCCAACAUGAAGUUACAUUUAUUUUAAAAAUCGUUCAGAAACUACACCCCGUAAAAUAAAAGGUCUGUAAAAUUCACAACUCACAGCAGUUGAUCCACGAAAAACGAAUUUGCAUUUGGGAAAAACAUUUGCAUUUGGGAAACUAAACCCACAGCUCAAGUGAGACACCCCUCUCUCGUUCCAAAGAAUGGUAUGAUCCGAGGACAGAUGUCCCACCAGAGAACGGAACGCCGCCCCCCCCCCCCCCCCCCCAAUGAUCAUCACACAUCUGACUUGAGAAAGAAUCAGCAUGCUGUGAAGUCCUCAGGAUUGCUGGUCCAACGCGUUUAAAAGGUAAAAACAUUCGAAUUUUAUGAACGUAUUGUUGUUAUAUGGGAAAGUGAGAAUACAGUUACAGUGACAGAGUAUUCCACUCUGGUUGUUACAAUGUUACAAUGUAGACAGGGAGAAACUUUCCAUCAGGGCAACAGAUACAAAGUAUAAUUCGAUGUUAUAUGGCAGCUAUACGAGUUACAAUGCAUUUUAUCUGUGUGACUGAGGAUUACUUUUUGAACUCUGAAACGUAUGCUUCAUUUCAGACCUCAAAUAUGUUUUACUUUAGAUUAGUCACUCUCAGACAUCCUGUUAUUUUACAUGGUUAUUAUUUGUCUGAUAAACUAUGAGUCAUGACAAUUGCUAAACGUUUACUUCCCAGAAUUAAAACUGCAAUAGUCCUGGUAUAUUAUUCAGUGAGAGUGUGUUGAGUCUAUACAACACACUAGUCAUUUCAAUGAUACAAUCUUGAGUAGAUCCUGCCACAUGUUGAAAGCUAUUUAACACAGGAAGAUGAGACAAAAGUAGCUAAUGUAAUGGUCUCACAUAACAAGCCUUUUGUCUUUUUUUUUUUACAAAGUUGAAUGGUGUUGUUUGCAUCCAUUGCCACUAAACAAUAAAGUUGUCUGUUUGAAAUUGUUGACAAACAACUCCUACUGACCUAUAACACCUCAGUGUUAAUUCUUCCUCAGUAUUUGCAAAGCUGAAUGUGUUACUAGUGACAAGCACAUGGAUGAUUUGACAAUUGACAUGGGGUAAAGGAAAAGAACCGGAGACACUAUGAAUAGGCGAAGAAGCUAAGUCAGUCAGUCACACAUCCUGUUACCAUAAUUUACAGGGGUUGACCACUAUUAAGUCGUCUUGAGGCCCGGAGAGUCAAAGAGAGCCAUGUGUCUUGAUCUUGGAGAACAAUGGAGGAUCUCUUCUAUGGUAUCUGUAUUUAUGUUGUCUUUGGUCUGCAACAGAGGUGCUGUGUCUGGCUAGCAUAUGGCCUCCACUGCCAGGGACCAGGCAAGUGUGUGUUGCUCAUUACCGCAAGUUUAUUAUUGUCUCCAUUGGAAAACUAAGCCUCUAAUAAUGAUGACACAGUUCUGAAUGGAAGUUGAUAUAGGAAACAUGUUGCUAGUAUCUAGUAUAGUAUUGAUGGACUUUGGCUUGGGAUUAGAGUUUCAUUUAGAUGAAAGAUGAUCAAUCAUCACUGUGCUGAUUUGUUCGCUCCCAUCUCUGGCUGGUAGGAGCGUUGGGCCAGUAACCGAAAGGUUGCUGGAUCGAAUCCCCGAGCUGACAAGGUAAAAAUCUGUCGUUCUGCCCCUGAGCAAGGCAGUUAACCGACUGUUCUCUGGGCACCGAUGACAUGUCAAUUAAGGCAGCCCCACGCACCACUCUGAUUCAGAGGGGUUGGGAUAAAUGCGGAAGACACAUUUCAGUUGAAUGCAUUCAGUUGUACAACUGACUAGGUAUCCCCCUUUCCGUUCCUUGUUAUGGUCAUAGGAUUAGAAUGAAUGACCUUAGAAUGCCCAUUCUAAUUCUAUGGUUGUGGAGUUUUAGAUGUGCAUCUUUCCCAUCUCUGCCCAUUGUUUAACUACUAUGUUGAUGAAUACAUGUUUUGACUUUUGGUCAAGAAGAUGAUCAAAGAAAGAAUCUCUCUCAUAUAUACAGACAGAACAGAAUGGAUCCAUUUUGCUGAAUGGAUGUUGGCUGUUGACCAGCCUCUGAAAUCAGACAUACUGUAAAGUCGUUUGGUUUCUUCCAUAGUAUCAGCAUUCACUAGAGAAUCUUAAUUACAGGCUUCACAUAGGCCUGGUUUGGUUUCAGUUGAACACACAUGCACACGUACACACAUACACACACACACCCCUCACUGUUUCCUAGGGUAGCUAGCCCCCGUUGGUAAUUCCAGCAGCCUAGACCCGACCACAGUGGUAAUGGCAAUGAUGGUGGGCUACAUUCCAGGAGAAUCCCAGAGGCUCACAAACACACACACACACACACUCUCUCUUCCAGAGGCUCAUGGGAAUGGAUGGUGGAUAAAAGGGAAAGUCUGGGAGACAGACAGUGAAUCCUCACCAUCAUCCUCUCCUCCUAUAAACAAACCGUUUCCUGUUAGAUGCUUUGUUUUCAUGGUCCAGCGAUCAGAGAGGAAUGAGGAUGGGUGUAACAGUAAGCCGCUAUACUUAGAAACCCUCCUUAGAUAGCUGUCGUCGUUUGCUGUGAUCAUCAUCACAGGACUGGUGUAAUUAGCUUGUUAUUACAACAGCAAUGAAGUCAUGAUCUGUACUAUAGGGUGGAGCAUCAGGUAAUGGUAAUACUUCAAUGGAGUGAUUUGUUGAUUUUCACAUUUUCGCCCCUCAGUCCUCACGCUAUGUUUUAAACAAUCAUACUCAUAUACAGUAUGAAGACUAUGGCAACAUUAAAUGUCAGUAUGAUGACGGCAAUGCCUUGGGAAUAGACUACCUACGUGAGAAUGCUGUUCAUUGACUACAGCUCAGUGUUCAACACCAUAGUGCCCUCCAAUCUCAUCACUAAGCUAAGGACCCUGGGACUGAACUCCUCCCUCUGCAACUGGAUCCUGGACUUCCUGAUGGGCCGCCCCCAGGGGGUGAGGGUAGGCAACAACACAUCCGCCCGUGUAGCUCAGUUGGUAGAGCAUGGCGUUCGCAAUGCCAGGGUUGUGGGUUCGAUUCCCACGGGGGGCCAGUAUGAAAAAUUUAUGCACUCACUAACUGUAAGUCGCUCUGGAUAAGAGCGUCUGCUAAAUGACUAAAAAUGUAAACACGAGGGCCCCUCAGGGGUGCGUGCUUAAACCCCUCCUGUACUCCCUGUUCACCCACGACUGUGUGGCCCGCACAACUCCCAACACCAUCGUUAAGUUUGCAGACCACACGACGGUGGUAGGCCUGAUCACCAACGACGAUGAGACAGCCUAUAGGGAGGAGGUCAGAGACUUGGCAGUGUGGUGCCAGGACAAUAACCUCUUCCUCAACGUGAGCAAGACAAAGGAGCUGAUAGUGGACUACAGGAAACGGAGGGCCAAGGAUGCCCUCAUUCACAUCGACGGGGCUGUAGUAGAGUGGGUCGAGAGCUUCAAGUUCUAUAUGGCAAAUGCUGUAUGUUUUGGCAUAAGUUUACAACUUCUAGAAAGGGCCUGAAUGAUGCUGGAUCCCAACCCCACCCUCCCACCCACCCACUCAGUAGACAUAGGCUCCAGGUAACCACAGACUUUGUGAAAGUCUUAGGAGAGUUAUUGGGUGUAACUGGGCAAAAUACCACAUUACCCAGCCUCUGCCUGCCUGCGUCUGAUUAGCCAGUUCCUGAGUUCCUGUUGCCGUCUCAGUUUGAUAUUAUUCAUGUGGCUGAGUCAGGGAGUCUGAAUUCCCCUACCUCACUCCACUCAGACUCAGACCUGUUCAUUUCCUCUCUUUGAGAGGAGGUAUUCUAGCCUGAAAUCGAAAAUGAUAUGCUCUGAACGUGCACUGUUUCUGCUCAUAUCAGUUUUCAUUCAAGGCUAGAGUUCCUCUUCCUUCCACUGUCUCACUGUAGGCCCCUACCUCAGCCACUCAGCCCUGUUCCUUUCCUUUCCCCUCUCCUCCUCCUGCUCUGUUGUCUCACUGUUGGGCCCAGCAAACCACCACUCCUCCUCGGCUGGAGCUGGAUCCAGCCCAUCCAGAGGUGUCAGCAGUUAUUGAACCCACA